CCAGCCAAUAUGCGUGUCCUACUUACUGGCGGUUCGGGCUUCAUUGCCGCCCACGUCCUCGACAUCCUCCUCGAACGUGGCCACAGCGUCGUCACCACCGUCCGCUCUUCGUCUAAGGGCCAGAAGAUCCUCGACAACCACAAGUCCUACAACAAGGACAAGCUGAACUUCGUCAUCGUAGAGGAUAUCGCCAAAGAAGGCGCAUUCGACGAUGCCGUCAAGUCAGACCCACCGUUUGAGGCCGUGGUGCACACCGCUUCGCCCUUCCACUUCAACGUCACAGACGUGCAGAAAGAGCUGCUUGAUCCUGCCGUGAUCGGCACCACUGGCAUCCUGAAGAGCAUCAAGAAGUCCGCGCCAACCGUUAAACGAGUGGUGAUCACGAGCUCCUUCGCAAGCAUCAUUAACCCAUUCAAGGGCACAUGGCCGGACCACACUUACAGCGAACAAGACUGGAACCCAAUCACCGAGCAGCAAGCGACUGAGAACCCAGCGAACGGCUACCGCGCAAGCAAAACCUUUGCUGAGCGCUCAGCGUGGGACUUUAUUGAGCAGGAGAAGCCGAACUUCACGCUCGCAACGAUGUGCCCGCCCCUCGUGCUUGGCCCGAUCAUCCACUACCUGCAGAGCUUGGAUAGCCUAAACACCAGCAACGAGCGCAUCAGAGACAUCAUCCAGGGCAAAGCCAAAGAUGAGAUUGCGCCGACCGGCACCUUCAUCUGGGUCGACGUCCGCGAUCUCGCUAUGUGCCACGUCCUUGCCAUGGAGAAGGAAGACGCGGCGAACAAGCGCUUUUUCAUCACCGCCGGCUACUUCAGCAACAAGGAGAUUGCCGAGAUCAUCGCAAAGAACUUUCCGGAGUACAAGGACAAGCUGCCGACGAGCUCGACGCCAGGCGGUGACUACCCGAAGGAAGGACUGUACAAAUUCAACAAUGAGCGGGUCAUCAAGACGCUGGGCAUCAAAUUCCGGGGACUGGAGGAGAGCAUUGUAGAUGCGGUGAAGAGCCUGCAGAGCGUCGGUGCGUGAUGGAGAGUCUUGUAGGCGGCACGAAAUAGUGCUGCAAUACCCAUGACAAGCCUAGAUGUAGAUGAACAUAGAAAGCUGUAAAGCUGUGUCUAUGAUACGCCUCGCGCCUGAUCAAUGUCAC